CCACUGGAAAGUCAGUGGGUCAAGUCCGACUGGAAGAAGGAUGAGAACAUGGCUGGUGAAUGGAACCACACCUCUGGGAAAUGGAAUGGAGAUGUUGAGGACAACAGGUUCUAUGCCAUUUCGGCAGAGUACCCUGAGUUCAGCAACAAGGAUAAGACCCUGGUGCUGCAGUUCUCAGUGAAGCACGAGCAGAAGCUGGACUGUGGAAGUGGUUAUGUAAAGUUGCUUGGCGGUGAUGUGGACAAGAAGAAAUUCGGUGGCGACACACCUUACAGCAUUAUGUUUGGACCAGAUAUCUGUGGAUACAGCACCAAGAAGGUUCAUGCUAUCCUGACAAAGGAUGGCAAGAACCACCUGAUCAAGAAGGAUGUGCCUUGCGAGACUGACCAGUUGACACAUGUGUACACUUUGAUCAUCCGCCCUGAUGCGACAUACAGCAUUCUCAUUGACAAUGAAGAGAAGCAAACAGGCAGCGUCUACGAGCACUGGGACAUUCUUCCCCCAAAGAAAAUCAAGGACCCAGAGGCUAAGAAGGUAUAGCUAUGAUAUUGGUUG